AUACUGAGAGUUGUGAAUCAUGGGCCAGAAAAGUGCUGUUCUGGGACUGCAGGGCAGGGGGAAGCGAGCUGAUGUGUCUGAAGGUGAGCUUGCUGAGAUGACAUGCCAGGGAGCCUCAAAUCAGAUAGUGCUGGGGUUUCUGGUCACUGGUGUCCAGGUGGGUGCUGUGGCCAUGGCUCCUGCCUCCUGCAGCCCCGUCAGGGCCCGAGGCCUUCUCUGUCGGCACCUUGCUGCAGCCUGCUCACUGGAGUUGGGUUCUGAGUGCGUGUACAGAGGAAUACUUGCGCUCCUACUUGGGGAGUCAGAGAGUUCUCUAACCAAGCAGUUUCUUCUGCGCCUAGGGAGAGCCCACUGCAAAAAAGGCCCGCUCAAAUCCUCAGGUGUACAUGGACAUCAAGAUCGGGAACAAGCCGGCUGGCCGUAUUCAGGUGCUCCUGCGUUCAGACAUUGUGCGCAUGAGAACAGGCCCAGGGCAGCAAGGACAAGAAGCCAAAGCAGAAGGCGAUCAUCGCGGACUGUGGCGAAUUUGUGUGAGAGACACUUUCUUUGCUGCCAGCCUCAGCUGUUUGAAGCAGGUAAUGUUUGUGGCAUGAGCACUUCCUCAGGGUCAGCUUGGAGCAGCUCCUCUGCCGGCACAGCCUGGACUUUUCCCAAGUGCGGCUGUGGGCCCCGAGCCAGCACGGGCAGGCUAUGCGUGGCCACCGGCUUUUCCUGGCAUUUGCUGCUGGGUCUGUCCUGGGCAUACCAGUGUGGCACCUGGGAUGUUUUCUUUGCUAAAAUAAAAUCCUAGUUCUUCUACUUCUG